UCCAAUUAGCUUGCAGUCAAUGCUUCAUUCACCUGAAAGAAGAUAUUAAACUGUUAUACGAGUAAAGACUUAUUCUAUUGACGCUGAGACAUCGACUUGGUAUUAAGGUUUAACAAUAGUCUUCAAUAAGCUAUAUGAAGGAUAUCUAAAAUACUUAUCAAUACAAAAAUAAAAGAUGUCAGUAAACCCGGGCGGUCGGAGGCUGAAACAGUGGCUAGUUGAGCAGAUCCAGAGCGGCCAGUACCCGGGUCUGCUCUGGGAGGACGACAGUCGCAUUAUGUUCCGCAUCCCCUGGAAACAUGCUGGGAAGCAGGAUUACAACCAGGAGGUCGACGCUUCUAUCUUCAAGGCCUGGGCGGUGUUUAAGGGGAAGUUUAAGGAGGGGGAGAAGGCUGAGCCUGCUACAUGGAAGACCAGGCUGCGGUGUGCCCUCAAUAAGAGCCCCGACUUCGAGGAGGUGGGAGACAGGUCCCAGCUGGACAUCUCUGAGCCCUACAAGGUGUAUCGCAUUGUCCCAGAGGAGGAGCAGAAGACAGGUAAAAGUGCAGCAGCAGUUUUGACAUCUAGCCCUGGUGACAGUACUGACAUGGACUGCAGCUCUGCACACCUGGAGGAGCUCAUCAAAGAGGUGAAGCAGUCUUCUAGUGAUGAGUACCUUGGCAUCGUCAAGAGGAGCCACUCUCCCCAGGAGGAUGGCUGUAGGAUGCAGCCCAGUCCAGAGUACUGGUCCCAGGGCAGUGUCAGUGUCUUCCCGGGGCAUCAAGAUCCCUCGCCGAUGGGUUCUUUCAAUGCCGCCUUCUCCCAGAUGAUCAUUAACUUCUUCUAUGGUGGAAAGCUGAUGGACAGCGUGGUGACAUCUCAUGCUGAUGGCUGUCGUAUCUCUCCGGGUCAGCCUCCCUUGGUCCAGCACAGGUCCCCCUACGGUCUCCCAGACAGCCUGCAGAACGUCUGUUUCCCUCCCGCUGAACUCAUCGAGGUUGAGCGCCAACGCCAUGUCACCCGCAAGCUCCUGGGCCACCUGGAGAGGGGUGUGCUGGUCCGUGCCAACCGCGAGGGCAUCUUCAUCAAGAGGCUGUGCCAGAGCCGUGUGUUCUGGAGCGGGCUGGGGGGAAUGGGCCCCCACUACAGCCCCGGGGGGCCCUGCAAACUGGAGAGAGAUGAUGUGGUCAAGAUUUUUGACACAGGAAGGUUCUUCCAAGCUCUCCAGCUGUACCAGGAGGGCCAGAUUCCUGCCCCUGACCCCAUUGUGACCCUGUGUUUCGGGGAGGAGCUUCAUGACCUCAGCACAGCCAAGACCAAACUUAUCAUCGUCCAGGUCACUCCAGUGAACUGCCAGCAGCUGUUGGAUGCAGUGAGCAUGCGUUGUUCCCAGUACAGCAGUCCUAACCUGGAGAUCCAGUCAGACGAGCUGCAUGCCGGGGAGCAGAUGGCCCGGAUCUACCAGGACCUGUGUAGCUACACCGCCCCCCAGAGGGUAGCCUGCUACAGGGACAACAUGCCCAUUACCGCCUGAACAGAGCACCUUCCUUCACUCCCCCUCAUUGAUAUAACAAGAAAGGACUGACAUGACAUAUGGUGAAAUGUGUCACUAACAUACACUUCAGCCUCUCACACCAUUUAGCCCUUGCUUACAGCAAUGCUUUUCAAUUCUUCAAAGCCAAUGAGCAAGGGCAUACUUUGAUGAAUGGAGAAAGAGAUGGGAUAGGGGAUCGGAACAAAGCCAAUACUUGCAAGGUGUGAACUGAUAGGACCCAAAGCUAUGCAGCUUGGGUGUUACAGAGACACUGUGUGUCAAGAAAGGGAAGUACUAUACAACCGUAUUACAAAUGGUGCUGUAAAUGUAUUAAAGGGUUUACUCAUCAAAUAUACCACCCCAGGAAGUAUACCACAUGUUUCCCCCAAUCCAGAAGAAAAAUAGUUCAAAUGUAAUACAAUUCAAAAUAUAGUAGUUUGAACUAUUCUGUCUUGUAAACCUACUACCAUCAAGGUUAUCACUAUUCAUUUUUAAACAACACGUGGUUAAUUUAUUACAGCAGUAAAGUUGAUUGAAUAAACCCUGAAGUGUCGAAUGUUA